ACCCUCGAUUAGUUCCAAAUCCAAAAAGGACAAAAAACACUCCAAAUGCACCUCUUCGUCCUCGGUCUCUUCCCAGGGGACCUCGAGCAAACCCAGCUCCAAAAUGUCUUUACUAAGUUUUGAAGAUGAAGAGUAGAAAUUUUGUCCGGGGAGAAACUCGUUUCUAGUUAUGCACAUAUGAUAAACAAUCGGUUCUUUUACCAGACAACUGAACUACUUUUCACUGGAUUUCAAUGAUCAAUAUUUAACAGAUCGGAUCAGUGUGAAAAUGUUGCUUAGGAAAUCUUGAGUUUUUUUUAAUUAGCUAAAUUUGGUCAAUGUUGUUUGGGUGAUCAAUUUAUUUUUCAGUAAAUUCCGGCUCAUCUCUAAUUUGAGAAAUACAACUAUGGAAUAAAUGUUACCAAAAAACAGGCCAUCUGGCAUCUACAUAACAUUUUUCAAUUGUUUCUAGAACAAAAUUUGAUCAAUGAGAAAAUUAGGUCAAGAUACAUUCGGCUUCUUUGAAUGAUUCUAAUUAUUGUGUAAAAAAUAACGCUUCAUAUGUUGUUUAUUUAUAAUGUGUUACCUAUUGUUACUACUGAUAAAAGACAAUUUGACUUAUAUGAAUUAUAAACGCUAUUAUGUUCAUGUGUCUUGUCUUUAUUAUUCCUUUAGUGAUUGACUAAUUCUAUCGAAUUCACUGAUAAAAUUCAGACGAUAAAGAAUCCUAUCGUUUGUAGCUAGGCAAUCAGUUUAUGCUAACAGUCGUGACUAGUUAAAAAAUGUUUCAAGCGACUCAGUCUUUUCCACUAACUGAAUGAUGUGAGAUUUCAUCAACAAACUUUGUUUUUCUUUUCGUUUCAAAACAAUGUUCCUGUAUCCAACUUCCGACGCUACCAGAGGAGGGUGAAGUGUUUCAAGUAAAGAAAAGUUCACAGAGCAAGAAAGUCAUGAAAAACAUGGACAAAGAACGUCGUCGUAAACGACAUGCCGAGAAGAAUGGAUCCAAAGAUACCGUCAGUUCAAUGUUUUCGUCGUCGUCAUCGAAAUCCAACAAAAAUGGCAAAGAUAAUACAGAAGACUCUUCCCAUAAAGAUAAAAUUAAAAAGGAAAAGUGUGAAAAUACUAGUUCUAAUAUCCAAACAGAAAUACGCACUGACGACUUUGUGCUUGUGGUUAAGAAAUCCGAUCCGAACAAUUUGAUACUGAAUGGACGUGCCGCUCUGUGUGCAGGUAAAGAUGACAUGUCCUCGGAAGGAGAUGACCCGGAAGAGGAUGCCGAUUCUGCAAGCGAAGGACACCAUCGGUUUGCGAAGCCGGACAAUUUUAAAGUGUAUCUGGAAAACGGUGUCAUCCCGGAUGCUGCGAUGAUCCAUGCCGCUAGAAAGCGACGGCAAAAGGCUAGAGAACAAGGCGAUUUUAUACCGAUUGAAGAGCCCAAAGAAGAUAAAAGCAAGAAAAGAGUAGUUCGCGAAGAUGGUGCCGGUGAUGGUUCGGAUGAAGAUGACGAUCGAAUCGACAUGGCGGCUAUCACGGGAGCCAAGGAACGCGAGGAACGGAGAGAGCAAUUCUAUUCCGUUCAGCGAGAAGAUUCGGCCGAGGAAUCAGAUCUAGAAUCAAAAGAAUGGGAAAACCAGCAGAUCCGCAAAGGAGUUACCGGUGCGCAGUUGGUGUCUGCCCAUCAGGAAUCCGUCAUUUCCCAGUACAUGAUUCAAGAUUAUAGUCACUCUUACCUCACUAACGAUGAGGAAAAACCACUUUCCACGGGAGCUCUGCUGGAGCAGGCUUACGCUCGUACCACCGGUCUGUCGAGGGCAAACACCAAGGCAGCCUCGGCUGGGUUGAUCUCGCGUGUCGCCACUGCCGGCAAACAAGAACCGAAAGUCUCCGGUCCCCGUAUGCCGCACGAAAUUUUGAAACAACUCAGCGAAAGACUGCAAUCUACGCGGGACCUGAACUUAAAACAUAUCGCCGACAUUGAAAAGAUUACCCAGGACGUAAAGGUGCUCAAGCUGGACUACAUGCAAAGUGAACAGAAGGCACCGGCUGCAGCGGCCAAAUAUCGUUUCUACCAGGAAAUGAAGUGCUAUGUGUGCGAUUUGAUCGAGUGUUUGGAUGAGAAACUACCGCAAAUUGUGGCACAGGAACAGCGAAUGCUUAAUUCGAUGGCGAAAUAUUCCAGCAUGCUGAUCGAACGGAGAAGACAGGACAUGCGGGAUCAGGCCAAGGAAAUGGCAGAUGCAGGCAAGAGCAUGAAACGCCAGCAGGACGAUCCGGACCGAGUCCGGAGGGCAGCAGAGCGGGAGGGACGACGAACAAGGCGACGACGGGAUCGCGAGAAAAAUGAAACGGCCGAUUCCCAUUUGGAUGGGAUGUCCAGUGAUGACGAGGUGGCAGACAUCGAAACCCAGCAGUACCGGGCGACGCUGAAGGAAAUCGCUGUCGAAGCGGCCCAGAUAUUCGACGACACGAACGAGGAAUACAGCGACGUGGGUACCAUACUAGAAAAGUUUCAGGGUUGGCGCGAAAACGAAAUGGACGCCUACAGAGAUGCGUUCGUUAGUCUUUGUCUGCCGAAGGUGAUUGGCCCGCUGAUCCGUCUGAGACACGUACUGUGGAAUCCGGUUAGUGGGACCGAUGAAUCCAACUUCGAGCGCGAAGACUGGUACCGGAGCUGUGCACUUUAUGGUCGCAGCCCGGACGAAACAGAAACCAGUUUGGCAGAAGAUCCGGAUGUUCGUUUGAUUCCCACUCUCGUGGAAAAAAUCGUGCUUCCCAAACUAACGGCACUGAUCGAACAGGUGUGGGACCCUUUGUCAACGACUCAAACUCUGAAGCUAGUUCGACUGAUCAACAGACUUAGCCGUGACUAUCCGUCACUAAGGAGAACCUGUAAACAACUGCGAACAUUAUUCCAAGCGAUACUGGAUAAACUUAAGCUAGCCGUCGAUAAUGACGUUUUCAUUCCGGUUUUUCCCAAACAAAUGCAAGAAGCCAAGUCCUCGUUCUUUCAGCGACAAUUUUGCAGCGGUCUGAAGCUACUGCGUAACAUAACUAGUUGGCAGGGUGUUAUCGCCGAUGGUCCCCUGACGGAACUUGCCAUCGGAUCGCUGCUAAACCGGUAUCUUCUGAAUGGAAUGCGCGUUUGCACCCCAACCGAUGCCAUCAAUAAAGCUUCAAUGAUUGUGUACACACUGCCGAGGGUUUGGCUCACCGCUGGUUCGUCGGUGGUUCAAACCAUGAGUCAGUUUGUUACGAUGCUGCAACACGUGGAAAGUCAACUGGAUCCGUCGAUCGCAGGCCAUGGGGAGUUAAUCAAAAAAGUGCAGGAUAUAUUGUCCAGUUUGCAUGUGGUUUCUUAAGAAGACAUAUUUAAAGCAAGUUAUUUUCGGACUAUCUUCGAUUGGCUGAAUAUUGUAGAUAAGUGUAGCUUAGCGGUUCAAUCAAUUGUUUAUAAUCUCAACACAGAGACAAACUGAUAGCACUAGCCAGCAUGGUCAAACCGGAAAACUGACUAUCAAGUUACUUAACAUUACUUUCAUACGUCAUUUGCGAGACAAAUAGAAAUUGAGUUUUCACAUUUUUCGAGGGUCACCUUUAAAGUAUUGAAUGGAUGUUUUCAGGUAAGUUUUAUGUUCAUCCAUUUAUUGCCUAUCCUCGAAAAGUUUGUUGCUCGUACUUUUAUGAAUAUUAGGCUACUGUCUUGCAUUUGGAACUUUGAUUUUUAUCUUAAUAAAUUACGUUAACUGGCACACACACGUUUGUUACUAGGCCAGAACCGUUGAAAGAAGCAAUGCUCGGAUUCACUACUAUUAAAAGACAAAAAAAAAAAGAACACUAAUAUUCGAACAAUCAGCUUUCGUUCUUACAUUGUAUGCUAUUUAUAAAAAUGGGUCGGAAUAAAAUCUUAAAUAUAA